GGAAAGACGUUCCUUUACCCAAGUUCUCUUCCAAAGGAAAUGAUCAAGUGGUGUCUGACAGGAAGAAGUCUUCGGGUGAGCCGGACAGUGUGGGGCCAGAGAGUAAAUUGAACUCCCAGCUGUCUGGACAACUCCCGCCGCCUCCAGGCUCUAAAAAAUCACACAGCCGAUCAUUAUCUGGCCAGUACCGGGGCAUUGUGCCAGAUGCCCCGUCAGUGGUUAGCAGCCAGUCCAGCCAGUUUUCUUCUCAGACCAACAUACGAGAUGAUUCACCUCAAAACUCCAAGUCACCUCCAUUCUCCCCAACACAGUCACCACCAACCUCACCAGCCAACCAGAAGCCGCUGGUGAAGCAGCACACCGCCCCGGCUAUGGUCUUUGCCAACUCGGCCACAAACUUAACCAGCUCAACCCCCCAGACACAGCCCAUCAUGACCAGCAGCCUGGACAGCCUGGAGGCCUCCCACCACCUGGUCAACCCCAACUCAAUGACCAUUGAUGGUGGCCACGUCAACCCCGUGGCCCUCACCGAGCCCCUGCCUGCAGCGAGGGCUCCGGGAGCUGCCAGUGGGGCCGUCGGUCACGGAGCCUCGAGCCAGGUCCAGCAGUCUCACACACAGCAGCAGCAGCAUGCUCAGGGAUUGGAGAACGGCAACUGGACAAUGUUUGAAGAUGAUGAGAGCCAUAUGCUGAUAGGCUCAGGUGUGAAACAACACUACAACAGCUUGGAGCCCCCCAACUUUGACUCCUCAUCCAUUUCCUCUGAAGCUGACAGUGUGGAUGAUGUCUGGACCAUCACUGAUGAACAAAGAGAGUAUUACGUCAACCAGUUCAAAACCAUGCAGCCAGACCUUAGUGCUGUCAUCACAGGUCCUGUGGCUAAACAUUUCUUUGAAAAGUCAAAACUUCCUGUUAUGGAGUUAUCUAAAAUAUGGCAACUGUCAGAUCUCAACUGUGAUGGAGCACUGUCCCUUGAAGAGUUUUGUAUUGCCAUGCAUCUGGUAGUGCUGAGGCGCAAUGAUAUCGAGCUACCAGACCACUUGCCCAUUUCCCUUAUGCCAUACUCAACCCUUGCCAGCGAUGAGCCAUUUGCUGCUGACCUACCACCAGGAAGUACAUUAAAGCGAGCAACACCACAAUCUCCACAGGCAAACAUGGCUCAGUGGACAGCAUUUGUUAGAGAUUCUCCAGAUUCAAAUGGAGUUCCAUCCCCUGCUCACCUUGUUAACUUUGAAUUUGCCAAGCCCAGUGCUGAUCCAGAACUAAAAAUUGUCCAGCCCGUACCUGUACAUAUCUUACCUGAAGGACUACCCAUCCAGAGUGAGGGUUUUGAUCGUGGUAGGGCAUUUUCAGACCCUGCAGUGAUGCAUGCAUCUGGUGGGACAGACCCAGGGGACACCACUCCCCCUCUCACCAAGCAGAGAGCAUACACAGAAUCCCACAGUGACUCCAGUCACUUGGAGACCCCCAACUCUAAAUAUAGCACACCAAUACAUGGACGGCCUCGUCCUGUCCCACCUAAAAAGAACAGUGUUGUGGCAGGUAUACAAAAUCAUAACGAUGUGCCAGCCGUGAUGAUUGGUCAGCUGCAGCCCCCGCCUGUACCAGAGGGCGCUGCGGCGUCUGGCGUCGUACACAAUGAAAGACCAAAUGAUAUUACUGGGGGUCAAAGCCAUGGGCCCCCCACCCCACCUCCAAGACCGCCCCAUGGAAGGAGUAUGUCUGUAGAUGUUAAGUCAACACCACAGCUAAUUGCUCCUGCUAUCCCACCCAGAGUCUCACCUAAGGAAGUAAAUCAAGUUAAUUUAAUAAACCAAAAAGCAGGAGAUAUAGCAGGGCAUGGAAAUUUUGAGCCUAAAACAGCACCUAAAAGUAUUUUGCGCUCCGUAGCUCAGACACAUCGGCGUAGUGUAUCAUUAGGCGUGAAGUUGGGCUUUGCUUCAGCACCACCAGAGCUGCCUCCAGAAAACGUAGAGCCAGUUAUAGCUGAUAAGGAUAAACCAGAGGAUGAGGAUACUACACCAGAUUCAAUGAAAGAAAGACUCCAGCCUAAGCCAGUGUUGACUCUCAGCUCAAGGCAAGGAAGUCGUGACCCCCGAGAUAUCCACAUGGCCAUCCGCACCCACAAGGAGCGCAACACAAUGCUGACCAGACUGAACAGCGAGCUGAACCAGGAGCUCCAGGAGGUGAUGGAGCAACGUAUAGCCCUGGAGAUACAGCUAGAGCACCUCAGGCCUUUCUCCAGCUAGCAGAAAUUUUACACCGUUUGAGAUUUUUUUUUUGUAACCAACACACGCGCAAAACAAAAAAGGAUUAUGGUUUGUUUUUUCUCUCCCCCCUUGUUGCUCAUAACCUGGUGAGGCAAUAAGGCAGGGGGACUGUUUAUGUAUACACUUUAUCACUGCUUAUGUUAAUUUUUGAAGGGAUACACAGGUCUGUUUCUACUGUGACUAGAAUACUUAAACAUGUGAACCUAUGGUCUGGUCAAAAUAGUUUUUUUUUUUCAUUUCUAUUUAAUUUAUACUUUAUGUUUUAAGAUCAUAAUAAAUUAUAUAUAUAUUAUAUAUGUACAUAGAAGAAUGAGUUGUUUGAAUGGAUGAUAUGGAGAAUUGAAUUCAAAUGAUUAUAUUAAUUAAUCCAUUGAUCUGUGAUCUGGAUUAAUCCCAUUCUAUGAAUAAUUGUCCAGUGCGUGUGGGUGCUUAAUUUAACAUAAAAAAAAGAAAGCAUUUACUUUGAAUGUAAGGCUGUGUUGGUAUUAAUGACAUGCAUUUAUUCAGUGUUCUAUUGUGUCCUAGUUUGUUGUGUGCCACCCCAUGUGCACAGGUUGAAGGUCAUGUGUGUCAUCACCCCAUGUGCACAGGUGAAGGUCACAUGAUACAGUUGUUGUUGUGAUGCAAAUUAAAAUUGUACAAAUAUUUUGUGCUCAUAGAAAU